CAAGAUCUCAUGCGAAGCAGCUCUGAAAAACAGAACAGAGGAAGAAGAAGGAAAGGGAGAGAAACUAUACACUAAAAACUCUCUCUCUCUCUCUCUCUCUCUUAAAGCCCGUUUGAGGCAGCUUAUUUGGUGCGGUAGUGCUUUGAAAACACACUUGUCCUGUUUAUAAUAGCCACCGCACCUAACUUAUCAAUAAAUUAUUCAAUAAGCUGCAUCUGCCCCCAAACAGACCUUAACUUCACCAUGAAACACUUUCUCAUCCUCUGUCUAUUAUCUCUUUCCUUCACAUAUUUGGCUCUCUCUUCUUCCUCUUCUUACUCUGAGAUUUCGAAGUUCAAAGGCAUAAACAGAAGAGUUCUGAAGGAGUGUCCUCAUUUGAAUCCUUAUCUCUCCAUUAAUGUCAGCAUGAGCUCGAUGCUGCCGGACGAAGGAAACAUAACUGUAACUGUGAGCGGGGUGCUUGAUACUGAUGAGUCUGAUUGGAUAGCCAUGAUCUCGCCUUCCAAUAUUGACGUGAAGGAUUGUCCGUUGAACGCGGCAAUGUACGCACAAACUGGAGAUCUGAGCGAUCUGCCGCUUCUGUGCCAUUAUCCAGUGAAGGCACAAAAAAUGAGCAAUGAUCCCUCCUACCUGAGCUGCAACAAAACAGAAUGCAAGCAUUAUGGAGAAGACAACGAGUGUUUGAUAGAAACCUGCAGUGGUUCUGUUACAUUCCAUUUUGUGAAUAUUAGAACUGAGUUAGAGUUUGUGUUCUUCGCUGGUGGUUUUGAUGUCCCGUGCAUACUCAAGAGAUCAGCUCCAAUUGGUUUUGCAAACCCCAAUCAACCAUUAUAUGGCCAUCUUUCCAGUGCUGGUUCUACUGGAACAACAAUGAAAUUAACUUGGGUCAGUGGAGAUGGGAAGCCCCAACAAGUUCUAUAUGCGGAUGGGAAUUCAUCAACUUCUGUGGUUACAACAUUUAAACCACAGGAUAUGUGCAGUGACCUAAGUCCUGCUAAGGAUUUUGGAUGGCAUGAUCCUGGAUAUAUCCAUUCAGCCAUAAUUACAGGACUCCAACCUUCCACUUCCUACUUCUACAGAUAUGGAAGUGACUCUGUUGGAUGGAGUAAGGAUAUCAAAUUCUCAACACCCCCAGCAGCUGGAGCAAAUGAAACUACAUUUUUAGCUUAUGGAGAUAUGGGAAAAGCUCCUAGAGAUCUAUCAGUUGAACACUACAUACAGCCAGGAUCAAUAUCUGUAGUGGAGGCCUUGACUGAUGAAGUUGCAGCUGGGAAAAUUGAUUCAAUUUUACAUAUUGGGGACAUAAGUUAUGCAACUGGAUUUUUGGUGGAGUGGGAUUUCUUCCUCAAUCUUAUUACUCCUGUGGCUGGCCAACUUUCCUACAUGACAGCUAUAGGAAAUCAUGAAAGGGACUAUCCAGACUCUGGUUCUGUGUACGUUACACCAGACUCAGGUGGAGAGUGCGGUGUUGCUUACGAGAGCUAUUUUCAAAUGCCUACGAGUGCAAAGGAUAAACCAUGGUACUCUUUUGAACAAGCUACCGUUCACAUAACAGUUGUAUCAACAGAACAUGACUGGACUGAGAAUUCUGAACAGUAUGCUUGGAUUAAAAAAGAUUUGGCAUCUGUUGAUAGACUAAAGACUCCCUGGCUAGUUUUUACUGGGCACAGACCAAUGUAUUCAUCUCAGGAUAGCAUUCUUCCAAGUGUAGAUUCAGGCUUUGUUGACUCAGUUGAGCCUCUCCUAAUGGAACAUAAAGUGGACUUGGCAUUAUUUGGGCAUGUGCAUAACUAUGAAAGAACCUGUGCAGUUUAUAAAAAUGAAUGUAGGGGAAUGCCAAUAAAAGACAGUAAUGGAGUGGAUGCUUACUAUAAUGGUAAUUAUACAGCUCCAGUUCAUGCAGUCAUUGGAAUGGCUGGGUUCAAGCUUGAUAUCUUUCCAAGCCAAGUUGAUAAUGUAUGGAGCUUAAAGAGGAUUUCUGAAUAUGGUUACACAAAAGUUCAUGCCACAAAGGAAAAGUUAAGCUUUGAGUUUGUGAAUUCAAAAACAAGGGAAGUGAGAGAUAGCUUCUACAUCACCCAAGAGACAAAGUAGUUGGUGCCAUUGAGGGAAAUAUCAACAUCAAAUCUUCUAUUAAUUACAUGUACUAUAUUGUAAUAAAAAUGGGUAGAUGCAUAAGAAAAUUAUUUUAUUUUGUACAAUUUGUAAAACAAAGAAUUUCAUUUUCUUUGUGGUGGGGUAGUUCAGGAUGAUUUUCUUCUGAACAUGUUGAUGUUGAACAGCAUUUUUUGAUAUUUGAUGUUAAAUAAAAUUUCAUUUUA